AAUGAGCUGCUCCUUGCCCCCCGCCCUCCCUGUGCUGGGCCCUGGUCUUUCGCGGCUGGUUCCCGGCUGCCAUGGGCUUGGAGAUGGAGCCGUUGCUCCUGGCCUGGAGCUAUUUUAGGCACAGGAAUUUCCAGCUCUGGGCAGAUCUGUGCAUGCAGAUGCUGGAGAAGUCCCCUUAUGACCAGAUUGAGCAUACUGAGCUGGCAGCCUGGAUUUUAAAAGCACGAGCACUAGAUGAAGUGGUGUACAUAGAUGAAAUUGACGUAGAUCAGGAAGGAAUUGCAGAAAUGAUACUGAACAAAAAUACUAUUGCUCACAUUCCAUGUCCUGGAACAUCUCUGAAACUCCCUGGAACUAACCAGACAGGAGGGCCUAGUCCAGCUGUCAGGCUAAUCACUGAAGCUGAAAUACCCAUUAUAGGUUUCCUUAGACCCAGCACACAAAGUGGAAGGCCAGGAACUAUGGAAUAGGCCAUUAGAACACCCAGCACUGCCUACACAGCUUGCCCUAUCACCAGCUCAUCUGGAAGAUUUUUUAGGCUGGGAAUGGCUUCCAUGCUUACAAGUCCUGAUGGACCUUUUAUAAAUUUAUCUAGACUGAAUUUAACAAAGUAUGCCCAGAAACCUAAAUUGGCAAAGGCUUUGUUUGAGUAUAUCUUUCAUCAUGAAAAUGAUGUUAAGACUGUUGUGGAUUUGGCUGCCCUUUCCACAGAGCAUUCUCAGUACAAGGACUGGUGAUGGAAAGUGCAGAUUGGAGAAUGUUACUACAGGUUAGGAAUGUAUCUUGAAGCAGAAAAACAAUUUAAAUCAGCCCUGAAGCAGCAGGAAAUGGUAGAUACUUUUCUCUACUUGGCAAAAGUUUACAUCUCAUUGAAUCAACCUGUGACUGCUUUAAAUCUUUUCAAACAAGGCUUAGAUAAGUUUCCAGGAGAAGUAACCCUACUUUGUGGAAUUGCCAGGAUCUAUGAGGAAAUGAACAAUAUUUUAUCAGCCACUGAAUACUACAACGAGGUUUUGAAACAGGACAACACUCAGGUGGAAGCCAUUGCAUGCAUUGGCAGCAACCAUUUUUAUUCUGAUCAACCAGAAGUAGCUCUCUGGUUUUACAGGCGAUUCCUGCAGAUGGGUGUUUAUAACUGCCAGCUUUUCAACAACCUGGGGCUCUGUUGCUUCUAUGCCCAGCAGUAUGAUAUGACUCUGACCUCAUUUGAACAUGCCUUUUCUCUGGCUGAAAAUGAAGAGGAGGUAGCUGAGGUCUGGCACAACUUGGGACAUGUAGCUGUGGGAAUAGGAGAUACGAAUCUGGCCCAUCAGUGCUUCAAGCUGGGUCUGGUUAACAACAAUAACCAUGCAGAGACCUACAACAACCUGACCAUGCUGGAGAUGCAGAAGGGCCAUGUCGAACACGCAAGAGCACUGCAGUUGCAAGCUGCUUCAUCCUUAGCACCCCACAUGUAUGAGCUGCAUUUUAAUUUUGCAACAGUAUCUGAUAAGAUGGGAGAUCUACAGAGGAGCUAUAUUGCUGCUCAGAAGUCUGAAGCAGCAUUUCCAGAUCACCUGGGCACUUAACACUUUAUUAAGCAGUUAAAGCAGCAUUUUGCCAUGCUGCGAUUUUUCCUCGGACUAAAGAUAUUCUUAUGGAGGGACAUUAUGCAAGGAAAACAGUAGCGUAUAUAUAUGUGUAGUACAAACAUGUGCUUGAUAUUAGUGAAGGUGACAUAAGGGAAAUUAAACCAGGAUAUUUAAAACUUUAUAAUAAUAACUUUAUAAGAUAAUGUUUUAAAAGAAAGGAUUUAAGCAUUUGUAAACAGAUUAUGAAAUCUACCACAUUAUAUGGUAGAUGUUUGUUUAUAAUGUUUAUAAAACACUUUCAUGAAUUGACUCAAAUUUUAUAAAUUCACAUUUUUAAUGUCCUUUAUCUGACCAUUAGCUAUCAUGUAGCUUAAAGGGUCUGAAAUCUGCCUUUAAAAUUGCACUUUUAGGACUAAAAGUGUAUAUAUACUUAUCCUUG